CACAAAAUUUUAUGUGGUUUAAAACCUUAACUUUUGUCCGAUCAUUUAGUGGGACUAGCCGAAUUAAACAGUAACACCAUCUUCACGUGGCGCACAUAUAUGAAAAGAGUAUAUCUUACGCGAUAAGUGAUAAGCGUAGGAUAAAACGUUGCAAACUAGUCCUUAUACUAAUAUUUUUAUUUUUAUGCAUAUAACUCUUCAAGUACGAAAAUUGCAAAAUCAACUCCUAAUCUGAUUAUUUGUUUUUUGCAGUAAAAGCUCAUCAUCUGAUUAAAACUUUGCAGUACAACCCUCAUGCGAAUAAUUUCGAAAUACAUACCAAUUGUGGUGUAUAUCCAUUUAUGUUUGUUAAGUUCAGAAGUGUGUUUAACGUUCUCUUGAUAGUAGAAGGGCUGUUUUUAGAAAACGUAGGUUAGUCAAGGGUUUGAUUUGCAAAUGUUAGAAAGAAAAGGCUGACUUUAAAACGGCGUCGUCGUCAUCACUCGGGGCUUAAUCAGUAGGUUGUUGUUGUUGUCUCUAGGCGUUUUAUAAUCGCCGCCGGUAGAUUUGAUUCGAGAGACGUUCUUUGAUCUCUCUUCUCGUUGAUUGAAAUCCUAAUCGGAGAUUUCUGUAUUGGGUUUUUUUGGUUGAGAAGAAAUCUUCUGAGAUCGUAAUCGUAGUGGAGUGAUUGCGAUUAGAUGGCAUCAGAGGAUGUGAAGAGGAGCGAAUCGGCAGCUGUUUCGACGAUCGUGAACCUGGCGGAGGAAGCGAGGGAAGGAGUCAAAGCUCCGGGCUAUGCUGUCCUCAGCAUCUGCAAGUCUCUCUUCGCCGGUGGCGUCGCUGGUGGAGUGUCACGAACUGCAGUUGCACCUCUGGAAAGGAUGAAGAUAUUGCUUCAGGUCCAAAACCCACAUAACAUAAAGUAUAGUGGGACGGUCCAAGGGUUGAAGUAUAUUUGGAGAACCGAGGGACUUCGUGGUCUGUUCAAAGGAAACGGCACCAACUGUGCUCGUAUUGUUCCUAACUCGGCUGUGAAAUUUUUCAGCUAUGAGCAGGCUUCCAAGGGUAUACUGUACUUGUACCGUCAGCAGCCAGGAAAUGAAAAUGCACAACUGACUCCUGUUUUACGGCUUGGAGCUGGUGCAACUGCUGGAAUAAUAGCCAUGUCUGCAACAUACCCGAUGGAUAUGGUUCGUGGAAGGCUAACUGUCCAGACGGCAAACUCUCCUUAUCAAUAUAGAGGAAUUGCCCAUGCUUUGUCAACUGUCCUGCGAGAGGAAGGUCCACGGGCCUUGUACCGUGGUUGGCUUCCAUCAGUGAUUGGAGUUGUUCCAUAUGUGGGAUUGAACUUUGCUGUCUAUGAGUCUCUAAAGGACUGGCUAGUCAAAGACAAUCCUUUCGGACUAGUGGAGAACAACGAGCUGACCAUUAUAACGAGACUCUCAUGUGGUGCUAUAGCUGGAACGGUUGGCCAAACAAUUGCUUAUCCACUCGAUGUGAUUCGUAGGAGAAUGCAAAUGGUGGGGUGGAAAGAUGCUUCCUCUGUCGUUACAGGCGAGGGGAGAAGCAAGCUUGAAUACAACGGUAUGGUUGAUGCAUUUAGGAAGACAGUUCGUCAUGAAGGCUUUGGAGCAUUGUACAAGGGUUUGGUCCCCAACUCAGUGAAGGUUGUACCAUCGAUUGCGAUUGCGUUUGUGACAUAUGAGAUGGUGAAAGACGUUUUAGGAGUGGAGUUUAAGAUAUCAGACUGAGUCCAUUUGAUGAUGAUGUAUUCAAGAAGAGAGAGGGAGCAGCACACUUCUAUUUUUGUAGCCAGAGGAGAGACAGAAGAGAAGUUUUAGGGGCUUUUUAUUUCAGUCUCCUUUCAGCAUCCUUGGAAGGGAUAAAAGGCUAUAGGUCAUUCAUUAGCCAAACCUUUUGUUUUCUUUUUCGUUCUUUCUAUUUAUAGAUUGAGUUUUCUUCUGAAUUAUAAUAAGUCAAGAGGCCAACCUUUAUCAAAAACAUUCAAACCUGUUUGCUGCUGGAGCUUGUGUUUGCAGGUUUUGGUUGGGUCUUGUGGCAAAGUUAUCAUCAUUGUUAUGACUCUCUUAUUGGUUACUCGUGUAUUAGUUGAAUAAUUCUGCAUCUCUC